AUGAUCCGGUCACGACAGAUCGUCACCGUGGUGUGGUUCGCCCUGCUGGCGGCCGGGACGGCUGUCGCCCUGGCGGCCGACGCGCCGCUGAUCGACGCGGUCAGGGCGGCCGACGUCGAACGCGUGCGCGCCUUGAUCGACCAGGGCGCCGACGUGCGGGCGGCCGAACCGGACGGGACCACGCCGCUGCACUGGGCGGCGCAUGGCCGGCAGGUCGAGAUCACCAGACUGCUGCUCGGGGCCGGCGCCGUCGCGAACGUGGCGAACCGCUAUGGCGUGCGUCCGCUGUCGUUGGCGGCGGUCACCGGCGACGCCCCCACGAUCGCGGCACUGCUCGAGGCGGGCGCCAACCCGCACACCACGCUCAUGGAGGGCGAGACGGUGCUGAUGACCGCGGCGCGGGCCGGGAACGUCGAGGCGGUCGAACUGCUGCUGGACGCCGGCGCCGACGUGAACGCGCACGAGCACUGGAAGGGGCAGACGGCGCUCAUGUGGGCCGCCGCCGAGGGUCACGCGCAGGUCUUGCCGACACUCGUGGCGCACGGGGCCGAUCUCGCGGCCCGCUCGGAACGCGGCUUCACGGCGUUGCUCUUCGCGGCGCGGGAAGGCCGGAUCGACGUGGUGCAGACGCUGCUCGAGGCAGGCGCCAACCUCGAUGAGCAGAUCUCCAUCAACUCGACCCUGACCGCCGGCGGGGGUCGAACAGCGGCGGUCGUCCGACGCCGGACUGAACGCGUUUCUCCUCGCGGCGGGCAGCGCACACUUCGAGCUGGCGGCGUAUCUGCUGGACCGCGGCGCGGACCCGAACGCGGUGCCGCGGGGUUGGACCGCCCUGCAUCAGUUGAGCUGGGUACGCAAGGCCGGCAUCGCGGGCAGCAACAACCCGGCGCCUGA